AUGCCUGUCACUAAGAGUAUCGGGUUCCAAACUCGGGACGGCCUUACCUUGAGGGGACAACUCACCUUGAUGGACAAGCCAAAUGCGCCGCUGCUUAUUAUGAUUUCCCCAUUUGGCGUAACAAGUGCACACUUGAUGAAUACGCAAUCGAAGGUUUUUAACAAUGGUGGAUUUGCCACAUUAACUUAUGAUCCGCGAACAUUCGGCAAAAGCGACGGACUGCCAAGGCAACACAUUAAUUUUGAGAAGCAGUCAGAGGACGUUUUCGAUGCUGUGACGUACGCAACAUCAUUAACGCCAGAAGUGGACGCAAAUCGUAUCGCUCUCCUCGGGGGUGGUCAUGGUGGAGGGAUUGCCAUCCGAGAAACGGCAGUUGAUCCAAGAGUUAAGGCUGUCAUCUUGCAGGUUCCAGGCCUAUCAGGAGCCAUGGAUGCGCAAUUCUAUCCUCCUGGAUUGCUAGAGCAAUCGAGAGCAGCGGUGACCGAGUUUUCAGAAAAAUCUACAAGAAAACAGGAAUACAUCCAGUUAUUCCCUUCAACUGCCGAAGAAGCCUCCACAAACCCGCCAAAAGUACUGCUGCCAGGGCCUCCGCUGUUUGAGUUCUACAAAUUUCUUCAGACGAUUACUGACGGCAAAGAUGUUGACUGGGAAAACAAAGUCACCCUGGAAAGCGCCUAUUACAAUUUUAUUAAUGAAUUCCAAGCAUACUUACCAAGAGUUGCGCCUACUCCUCUCUUAUACGUAGCUCCUAGUGGGGAUCUCCCUGCUGAGCCCCAUGAGGAAGCAUACGCGACAGCCAACGAACCAAAGGAAUUCUAUAAGAUUGAGCCAUUCGAUUUCGCAGGUUACAUGUAUGGAGGUGCAAAGAAAACACAGAUGGAUAUUGAAGUCAAGGGAAAAAUACUAGGCUAG